CACUGCGCAGACUGAUUGUUGGCGACGCAUCGCAUCUUCUUUAAAUAUAUUUAACAGUUAUUGUAGAGUUGCGUACAAGCAGUGUUGUAUGCAAGAGAGAGAACAAACAUAGAAUGAGGGGAAGUGUGAGAACGUUGACUAAAAGAGAGGGAAUUGUGGGAGAGAACAUUGGUCACUGUUGGAAGUUAUAUAAAGAGAACGUUGGUGAGAAUAGGCAGAGGGUGAAUAAACGGUGACGAGGAAACAUCAACGAUACCGUGUUUAUCAUUUAAAAGAGGAGGAUUCUACAAUUGGCGCAGCCGGUAAACGAAGCACAGAAAAGAGGAAAUUUGAAACGAGAAAGAUGGAUACUGAACAUUGGCCUUUGCAGCCAUUCAAUGAUAUUGCGGAUGCAUCGGAUCUACGUCGCGAGUGGGAAGAAUGGCAUAGAGCAUUUGAACUGAUUGUCACACUGAAGAAAAUCGAAACACAAAGCGAGAAAUUAGCAUACAUGCUGGCACGUGGAGGUCGGGGCUUGCAGCGGAUAUAUUUCAACUUAGCAGCGGUGCCAGGAGAACAACAUCCAAGGGCAGUUUCGAUACCGUUUAAACAAUUACCAGUACCGGAAUACGACAAUGCCAUCAAACGACUGAACCACUUCUUUCUCGGGAAAAGAAAUGAAAGGAUAGAGUUAGAAGUGUUUCGGUCACUUAAGCAAGAGAAUGAAGAGUCCGUUAAUCAAUAUGUUCUGCGUCUUCGGGCACAAGCUUCUCGAUGUGACUUUCAGGACCGAGUAACAAAAGAAAUAUUACAUCAAAUAACAAUAGGAGCAAAGGACGAAAGAGUUCGGGACAAAGGCUUAGAAGACAUAAUGGAAUUAGAUGAGCUUAUUAAUUAUGCAAUUAACAGGGAAGUAUUAAUAAGCCAGAAAAUGAAAAUUAAAGACAAAGAAAUUGAACCGUCAAUUGCAUACGUCAAACAACAACCAAUGAUAACAAAAAGAAAAUGGCAAGAUACUAGCUGCCACCGUUGUGGGUCAUGGCGACAUAACGGAAAUUCUAAUGAGUGUUAUGCUAGAAAAGCUCGUUGUAAUGCUUGCGGGCGCAUAGGACAUUUCGGUAGAUGUUGCAAAACGGAAGGAGAAAAUGUAACAAAGAAUAGGUUUCAAUGGAAAAAACCGAAAACAGAAUCAUCAGGACAUAUGCAGCGAAAUCAAAGACGAAACUCAGAUGCGGUAGACAACCUUAAUGAGCGAUUAACGACAUCACGGCUUUGGGAGAACGGUAUGGUCACAUGUACAUUGGAUCAUGUUCCUGUUGAAUUUUUAAUAGAUUCAGGUGCGUCUGUGAAUACCGUUACGGAGGAAGUAUGGAAAACAUUACAAGAAUUCAAAGCAGAUAUUCACGAUAUCACGUACGACUGUAACAAGAAUAUAACUGCGUAUGCGAGCAAACAACCCAUAAAAAUAAUUCUUAAAUUUAAAUCAUUAGUAACAGUUAACGAAAAUAAGCCAACGGUAUAUGCGGAAUUCUUUGUAGUGCAGAAUAGCAACAAAUCAUUGUUAGGCAAAACUACUGCCGAGCAGUUAAAAGUGUUAAAAGUAGGUUUAGAGGUACAGAAUUUAGAAGAAAAAAUACAACCUUUUCCAAAAUUUCCAAAUAUUCAGAUCAGAUUAUCCAUUAAUAAGGCAAUACCCCCAAAAAAAUAUCGUAUAUUAGAGUUCCAAUUGCGUUAGAAAAAAAAGUAGACCGUAAAAUUCAAAACAUGCUUGAUUCUGACAUAAUUGAACCAGUCUUAGGCCCUCCGGAAUGGAUAUCCCCAAUGGUAGUAGU